AGCUAGCUGUCAGAAAGUGAGUUCAUUCCCCUGAGCCGAGUAGACGGAGCCGCCGUCGACGGGUUUUCUACGCUUCCCUCGGUAUCUAGCCCCCGGACUCAGCGAGACAGCGGACGGACAUUUCGACCGAGCCCGGCCAUGGACGAGCAGGCAGGGCCCGGUGUAUUCUUCAACAACAACAACUCUGUUCUAUCCGGCGGUGGGAAAGGACCGCUGCCCGAUGGCGACGCUGGGGAGGCGGCUAGAGCGCAGUACAGUAUCCCGGGGAUCUUGCACUUCCUGCAGCACGAAUGGGCCCGUUUCGAAGUGGAGAGGGCACAAUGGGAGGUGGAGCGGGCCGAAUUACAGGCCCAGAUUGCUUUCCUGCAGGGGGAGAGGAAAGGCCAGGAGAACUUAAAGAAAGACCUGGUGAGGAGGAUCAAAAUGCUGGAGUACGCGCUGAAGCAAGAGAGAGCAAAAUACCACAAGUUAAAGUACGGGACAGAGUUAAAUCAAGGGGACAUGAAGCCUCCAAGCUACGACUCUGAUGAAGCCAACGAGAACGAGACUUCUGGGUCACUCAACAAUCAGCUGUCCUGGAAACAAGGCCGUCAGCUCCUCAGACAGUACCUGCAGGAAGUGGGCUACACAGACACCAUCUUAGACGUAAAGUCCCAAAGGGUUCGAGCGCUGCUAGGACUCGCCGGGGAUGGAGGUGGGAGGGCAGGUGAACGAACCAGCGCUGAGCCUUUGGUAAACGGGACGGACACAAAGGGCAUGGGCACCAGAGGGAAAGCUGAGCUCUCUGACACGAGCGCUGUGCUGGAGGCCUUCAAGUUCAUCGAGAAUGCAGCUGCUGAGUUUAGUGAUGAAGAUGAUGACGAGGAUAGCGAGGGGAAGGACAGGACUCAUGUUGAGUCCAGGACGAUCUUGAGAAAGAAGCCGCAGCCGUCGUCAUCGUUGCCAGCCAGUAUGGACACCACGGAGGACCCUGACACAGAGGAGGCACUGAAGGGCUUUGACUUCCUGUCCAGCCCUGACGAGAUGGACACCUCGCCAGAGUCCAGAGGCACUGGAGACGGUACGGACUGGGACAAGGACGAGCAAGGUCCCAUUUCUGAGGCCUGGGACGUGGACCCGGGCAUGAUAACCAAACUCAAGGAGCAGUACAGAAAGGAGCGCAAGGGGAAAAAGGGGGUGAAGAGGCCAAACAGGUCCAAAUUGCAGGACAUGCUCGCUAACCUGAGAGACGCAGAGGACUUGUCCCACAUGCAGCCGCCGUCUGCCCCCCAAUCCCGGCCCAGCGUGGCCCGCUUCAACGAGCACGAGGGGAAUCGAACGGAUGAAGUUGAGGCUUUGACCUUCCCACCCACCUCAGGGAAGUCGUUCAUUAUGGGCACAGAAGAGGCCAUGGAGAGCGAGCUGGGUCUGGGGGAACUGGCCGGACUCACCGUGGCCAACGAGGCCGACAGCCUGGCAUACGAUAUCGGCAACAAUAAGGAUGCCAUGAGGAAAACGUGGAACCCCAAAUUCACCCUGCGGAGCCAUUUCGACGGGAUUCGCGCUCUGGUCUUCCACCCUGUGGAGCCCGUCCUGAUCACCGCCUCAGAAGACCACACGCUCAAAAUGUGGAACCUGCAAAAGACAGCCCCUGCCAAAAAGAGUACUUCUCUAGAUGUGGAACCGAUCUACACUUUCAGGGCCCACAGGGGGGCGGUACUGAGUGUGGUGAUGAGCAGUACAGGGGAGCAGUGUUUCAGCGGAGGGGUCGACGGAACCAUUCAGUGCUGGAACACUCCCAAUCCCAACAUCGACCCCUACGACUCCUAUGACCCGUCAGUGCUUCGUGGAGAGUUGAGUGGACACACUGAUUCCGUUUGGGGUCUGGUAUACAGCAGUGCACACCAGCGCCUCCUCUCCUGCUCUGCAGACGGGACUGUGAGGCUGUGGGAUGCCAACACUACCUCCCCUGCCCUUGCCGUGUUCAACGAAAACAAACAACUGGGAGUCCCCUCCUCUGUAGACCUGGUGUGCAGUGAACCAGCUUACAUGGUCACAUCCUUCACAAACGGGGAAAUUGGUCUCUUCAACAUGGAGACCCGUCAGCUGGUCCUCAGUCUGGAGUCCAACUUGGAGCCAGGCACUCCCUGUCAGAUCAAUAAGGUCCUCAGCCACCCAACGCUUCCCAUCACCAUCACGGCGCAGGAGGACAGACACAUCAAGUUCUUUGACAACAACAGUGGGAAGAUGAUCCACUCCAUGGUGGCUCACCUUGAUGCGGUCACCAGUUUAGCUGUAGAUCCUAACGGCCUUUAUCUCAUGUCAGGCAGUCAUGACUGCUCUAUCCGUCUGUGGAACCUGGAUAGUAAAACCUGCAUCCAGGAGUUCACAGCUCACAGAAAGAAGUUUGAGGAAUCGAUCCAUGACGUGGCGUUCCAUCCAACUAAAUGCUACAUUGCCAGCGCCGGCGCAGAUGCUCUCGCGAAGGUGUUUGUAUGACGCGGAGCGCCGUCUCUCCCUGCAGCCCCGCUCUCUGACUCAGCCUCCCAUGAUCAGGGACCAAUAGAGACACAGCCAGGGAAGGAACUUCAGGCACGGGUCCAGUCCCACCUCACACAGCCCACUGGUUUCCUGUCGGACUGGCAGACUAUGUAGCCGCUAGCCUCAAAUGGGCCAUGACUCCCCACAGGAGGAGUUGGCAGGGAGGCCAGUCUGGAGGAGAACUGCUCUCUAGUCCCCCGUCUACCAUCCAGGCAGGCCUGGGUGUGACCAGUCAUAGCGCCCCCACAGACAGACAACAAUUCCACCUCUGCAGCUAGGAGGCUCAGGACAAGUGUUCAAAGAGUGUGAAGUGGAGAAAUGAGGUUUCAAGCCGGUCUUCUGCCCCUGUGACUUCACGCUCACCCUACAAUCCCCCGGGCCCUCGACCUUUGCUCUCACACAAACCGAGGUCCAGGAUUAAUCCUCCAAGUCAGGUUUUGUGUUGUGUUGUUCCAGAAAUGUGGGUUACUGCUUCCUGCAGCUGUCCUGCCUCUCACUUCUUCGUCUUCUCUCGCUUCCCAGACUGACUCUGCUUGCUGGCCUGCCUUUAUUUUCCUUUUUAAAACACGUAUUGAAAAAUGUGCCUUUGCUUUAGAAAAAGGUCUUGAAAUUUUUAUUUUAACAAGCUUGUUUUUUGGGGGACAGGGGGUGGGAGGGGCACAGCGCAGGAACGGAGCUGGUUGUCAGAAUGUUGUCGAUUUUAACAUUGGAUGUAAAAUUACAAAUGCUUAUAAUAAACAAAAUAUAUAUUCAGUCUUAAAAUUUACUGUGCAGCGUGAGUUUGAGUGCUCCUUUUUGAUAAGUGUGGUUGGGGAUAAAAUUGUGUGCAUUUCAAGGCAAAGCUGGUAGAUACAGACCAUUAACUAUAAUGCCUGUUUGUUAGAUUCAAGUAACCAUACACUUCAGAAGACUACAAACAUGUGUCCAAAGUAAACCAUCUUGGUUAUAUAAUUACAAUUCAGACUUAGUUCUAAAUGUCCACUUUAGGAAGAACUGAUUAAUUUUGGCCAGUUUGCUCUUGUUUGAACUGAAUGGCUUGUACUGUAUGUAGUUUUCCCCAACUGUGUGGACAUGCUUGACUACAGUGUGAUGUACCAUGUUCAGAUAUUUACAGUAGUCCAGUGUUUAGCAAGAAAUUAGUACAGUACUGUAGGACUAUUCGACACAAACACUGAGGGCAGAGAAGCAUCAUGCAGAUUCCAGUUUAUUGCAAAACUGUGAGAGGAGAAAACGAUCCUGGGUUGGAAAAAAAAAAAAAAAUCAAUCAAGGUGUUGUACGUGUAGAGUACAGCUUCUAAUGAGCCAUUUUCUCAGUCACUGGUUUGUAUAUGAAAGUAUGUUCCAAAAAUAAAACCUGCUGUAAAAUGUUA